AGAACCAAAUCCAAGAGUCUCAAACACAGAGGACAUCACACACACAGAGACCAGACAGACAGACAGACAGACAGACAGAGGAUACCACUCAGAGACACAGAGACUUGUCCAGAAAACUGUGAUUUUUACUCUCUUGCCUUUUUUUUUGCUGACAAGACAUCUUUCCGUUCUCACCGUGGGCUGGAACUCUUGACAUGUUACUUUGUCUUCAAGGAGCUUUACUGGCACAGCAAGGAUCAGGGAGCAUCCCCUUAGCCACGGGAAGGGGUGACCUGUUCAUGCUUGCUGACAGCCGAGCCAGUCAGGCACAGCUCCAGCGCAUCCGCAUGACUUUGCAGGAGGAGCUUUCCUCUCCCGCGCUUCUAUUUGAACAGGGCAAGGAGAAAGCUGCCAGGACAGACCCCGAUGCCGACCUACAUUGUAUCACCACCACCUUCCAUCAGCUUGACCAGUCAGGCUGGUACUGGGGACCACUGACAGCUAACGAAGCCAAGCAGCAACUUAACAAGAUGCCGGAAGGCACCUUCCUGAUCAGAGACAGCUCGCACCCCAGCUAUCUGCUGACACUGUCCGUCAAGACCAACCGAGGCCCCACCAACGUCCGAAUCGAGUACAGCAAUGGCAGAUUUUCCCUGGAUUCUUACUACUUGGCGAAGCCCAGGAUCCUGGCCUUCACCGAGGUGCUGAGCCUGAUCCAGUACUACGUGACCUCUUGCGCUGUCGACAAGUACGAUAAGGUGAUCGAGGCCCCGCCCUGCAAGGAGACGGCCAUUCAUCUAAAACUGAUCAAGCCCCUGCACAGGAAGGACUCGUUCCCUUCACUUCAGCAUCUGUGUCGCUUGAGGAUUAACAAGGUAACGGACCAGAUUGACAAGCUUCCUUUGCCCAAGCGAGUGCAGGACUACUUACAGCAAUACCCGUAUCUGCUGUGAGGGCAGGCGGGAGACAGUGGGAAUGGAGUCAGGGCAAAACCUGCUGGGAGCUUGGCUGUGGGAUAAGUACCCGUGGGUGCUCCUGAGACGCCGAGGCGGAGGAGUUUCUCACUGCGGAGACGACACACGUGGGGAGAGACAGCGUUGACUGUCAGCGGACGGGUAGCAGAAUAAGCCCUUUGGGCUGCGGGAUUGGACGCUGAGGACUGGCUGUGUUCCUACACCCGGACUGUGGGACAGAUUUAAAAAGAACUCGCAGUUAUAUACACCGGUGAAGUCCUUCAACAGAACAUGCAUAUCCUCGUGAACUAAAUUCGAAGGCCUUUACGUGUGUUGCUGCAGUAUAUUGAGAAUGUGGAACGUCAAUUGAUGUGUGUGCGUGCGUGUGUGUGUGUUUUUUUUUAAAGUAACUAAUGACCAAAGUUAAACCACUGAAGCACAACCUUCUAAUGACGUCCGCUGGGUGGAAGGUUCAAUGUAAGAGGAGUUCACCGUAGACGCAGUUGCGUCUGAUCAAUGCUACCCCCUCCCCCCCCCCUCCUCCCACGAGGAUAAUCUGGAGGCCAGAGCCUCACUGUUUAACUGCUGCUCGUUGUGUUUGAAAUGAAUGGGUGCGCGGAGCUGUUGUUCGAUACGAGGGCUUGGUACCCCUUGAAUCCUGUCUCUGCAACCCUUCUAAAGAGAUGUGAAAUAAAAGAUGCAAAACCUC